CCGGAAACGCUACUGCGGACGGUAAUAUCACAUGAUCUUAACGUCAACGCGCCGGCCGAAAGCACGCCCUCGGUUUCCGUGGGUUCGCGUUUAUGGCUUAGGUGCUUUUUUCCCCUCACGGUGUUGUGGCGUGUGGGGUCUUUUUUUCCAGACUCCCGGGGCCUGCUUUGGGCUUUCGCAAUGUACCACAACAGUAGCCAGAAGCGGCACUGGACUUUCGCCAGUGAGGAGCAGCUGGCACGAAUGCGGGCCGACGCCAACCGCAAAUUCAAAUGCAAAGCGGUGGCCAACGGGAAGGUUCUUCCAAAUGAUCCAGUCUUUCUUGAACCUCAUGAAGAAAUGAUGCUUUGCAAAUACUAUGAGAAGAGAUUAUUAGAAUUCUGUUCGGUGUUUAAGCCAGCAAUGCCAAGGUCUGUUGUGGGUACAGCUUGUAUGUAUUUCAAGCGUUUCUAUCUUAAUAACUCAGUAAUGGAAUAUCACCCCCGGAUAAUAAUGCUCACUUGUGCAUUUUUGGCCUGCAAAGUAGAUGAAUUCAAUGUAUCUAGUCCACAGUUCGUUGGAAAUCUGCGGGAGAGUCCUCUUGGACAAGAAAAGGCACUUGAACAGAUUUUGGAAUAUGAACUACUACUUAUACAGCAACUUAAUUUCCACCUUAUUGUCCACAAUCCAUAUAGACCGUUUGAGGGCUUUCUCAUUGAUUUAAAGACUCGCUAUCCCAUGAUGGAGAAUCCAGAGAUGUUGAGGAAAACAGCUGAUGACUUUCUUAAUAGAAUUGCAUUGACGGAUGCUUACCUUUUAUACACACCUUCCCAAAUUGCCCUGACUGCCAUUUUAUCUAGUGCAUCUAGAGCAGGAAUUACUAUGGAAAGUUAUUUGUCAGAAAGUCUCAUGCUGAAAGAGAACAGAACUGGCUUGUCACAGUUACUAGAUAUAAUGAAAAGUAUGAGAAACUUGGUAAAAAAAUAUGAGCCACCCAGAUCUGAAGAAGUUGCUGUUCUGAAACAGAAGUUGGAGAGAUGUCACUCUGCUGAGCUUGCCCUUAAUGUAAUUACGAAGAAGAGGAAAGGCUAUGAAGAUGAUGAUUAUGUCUCUAAGAAACCCAAACAUGAAGAGGUAUGUUCUCCAAAGGACAGAACAUCUUGCCAGAAGACAGACUGAUCAUUACAAACCAUCCUAAUAUCCAUAAGAUCACGGAGGAGCAAUCAGCUUGCAGCCCAGUGAACACUAUCAAGUAUGUAAGAAACAGGACUACACUGGGCCUAAAAUUAGGCCAAAUUCUCCAAAAAUUUUAUUUAAGGCAUAUCAUAACAAACUCAGCGCCAGUGUAGCUGGAAGGCAUUAUAUAUACCACAGACACUAAGUAGGCCAGUAGCACAUACUAAGCUGCUAAAGUGACUGGAAUCUUAGUGAGCCAGAGGAGGUUAUCUAAACUUGAGGAUUUUAGAAUCCUCAAAUCCACAAACACAAUGCUUUAAUUUUAAUCUCUUCUACAAGGCUCCUACCAAAUGAUUGGCCAGUACAGUGACAAUCCUCAGGAAGAGCUUACUAGAAAUGACAGUUUUCAAGGCCACACUCCAGAAUCUCUGAACCUGGAACUUGCAGGUCACUUGGCCGUGCACUGUGUAUGGGAGAUAAGCCAUAUCACUACUGACUUUAUGAUUCACUUGCCAUUUUCACAUCACUGAAGUGUGUAACACCACUGUUUUUCAGUAUAGUUCACACUGUGCCAUGUCAAACAUACAUAAUUUUAGUCUGGGUCCAUUAUUGCUCUGCCAAGAUCUUUGCGGAGGAAGAUUCCAAUUCUUAAAAAUAUAACUGAUAAAACAAACCAUAAGAGACUC